AUGAAUAGUUCUGUAACUAAUCGACAUAAUUUAACAGCAAUGCUCGAAAUCUCAAAAUAUCUUGAAGAACGAUGGGAAAAUGAAAAUACUAUACGAAAAGAAUUGAAAACACGUUCAAUAACAUUUUUUGAUCCAUAUAAAAAUCCUAUAACGAAUAUAUGUGUGGAUCAUGAAUUGAUGGGCACAUUAAUACGCAAAUAUAAGAAAGAUUAUGUACCAAAAUACUUGCAAAAAUGGAUUAAAUUUGGAACUAUGGCUGAAAAUGUUAUCUUACCAUUAUAUGAUGAUAAAUUGAAAUCAACAGUAUCCCAAUAUCCAGACGGUUAUCAAUUUAUUACAUACGAUGAAUUGAAUAUACACGUAGAAUAUUGUGAAAGUAUACCACAUCAGCAAUCUGUUUUACAGGUUAUCUUAAAAGAUAAAAUUGAAAAUAUUCGUAUAAAAAUGCAAGAACUUCUAAAACUGCCAAACAUUCAACUUAAAUCAUUUAUAUUAAAUCGAGAUUUUCAAAUAGAGAAACUAAAUAGGAAUGAUGGUACAAUACUGAAAACAGAUGAUACCGUCAUGUCGUCUAAGUUAUAUCAAGACCAGUUCAUUAUUAUAGCAAAAAUUCUUCAAGGAAAUUAUUAUUUUUUUCUUUUUUCUAAUACGAUUCUUCUUUCAUAG